AUGUCUCGCUACGAUCGCUACGACGACCGCCAGAGCGGCGUCUCCCGCCGACCUAGGAACGAUCGUGGCUACGACAUUGAUCUCGACGUCGAUAUCCACCAGUCGCGGUAUGACGGCCCACUGCCUUCCCGAUAUGACGCGCCACCCGCCCGCCAAAGAGAGGCUAUGGUGAAGGAGAGGGACGCGGACGUUAUGAGUCGCCGGUCAGAGCGUGCUGGACCACGCCAGCCGGACUUUUUGAGGGAGGACUAUGGCAGGAACCCCAAUGCGGGGCCAUUAGUGUUGAGAGAGGAGAGGUUCGAAGAGGAUGACUAUGUGCCUAGUCGACCGCAACGAAGACGGAGUUUGGAGAGUGUCAGGACGUCGCGAGCACCACCGCCGCAGAGGAUGGACAAGGAGGAAAUUAUCAUCCGUGAGAGGGACAACGGUGGGCCGCCGUACCCCAGAAGCGAGCGGGGCUCGUUCACGGAGCGAGAUGAUGUGUCAUACAGGGACCGACCAAGAUCGAGGGCUCCACCGCCAUCGAACAGAGACGGCUACGCUGAGCAUGAUAUUGAUAUACACAUUCACGAGGGUGACAGACACGAACGGCCGCCACCGCCACGAAGCAACAUGGGCGGUCGAGAAGAGAUCCGCUUCAGGCGAGGUGAUGAGGGGCCACCUCCCAUGCGCGGAAACCUUGAAAAGAGGGAAGAGAUCACGUUUGUUCGGGAAGAGCGUGAGCGGCCACCACCGCCACGUGAGGUUGAGAGGGAAGAAAUUACGUUCAGAGAUACUGUUCGGUCUCCGCCUCCACGUGAGCAGCCACGAGGUCGUGGUGCGGGGAGGAAUGAGGAGCUCGACAUCGACAUUGAUAUCAACCACAAUCACUCUGGACGUGGGCGACGUACGGAAGAAGACAUUGACAUCGACAUCAACCACAACCACUCCGGCCGUGGACGUCGCACCGAAGAGGACAUUGACAUUGACAUCAACCACAAUCACUCUGGGCGUGGACGUCGUACCGAAGAGGACAUCGACAUCAACAUUCGAGAUCGCAGCGCUCCGCCGCCUCGCCAUCGCUCGCAGAGUCGCGGUGUGAUGGUGAAGAAGGACCACGAAGAAUGGGUUGUCCGACGUCGGCGCACUCCUUCGCCUUCUCCUUCCCCGCCGCCUCGGGACUUUGAGCGAGAACAGAUCAUCAUCAGGCGCAAAGAGCGCACUCCAAGUCCCGAGCCGCUUCCACCGCCCCGCGAACCAACUCCAGAACCGCCACCGCCGCCUCCGCCAGAGCCAAUCUACCGUCCGCCCAUCAUUCAGGAAGUCAUCACACAUCAUCGGCACAUCGAUCACGGCAUAGAACGCGCGCGAUCGCCGACCCCACCGCCUGCUCCGGCACCGCCAAGCCCGCCAAAGGAAGAAGAUUUGGAGAUAUCGAUUCGCCGCCAAGGCACUCGGAACGGCAAGAAUUAUGACGAAGAAAUCACCUUCGAAAGAGAUGUCCACGAGCACAACAACGAUCGCCAGGUUGGCCUCCCUGAUAGAAGCCGAAAUGUGAGCCGUGAUGUUGGCAGACAUCGCUCCAUGGGCCCGCCUCAGAGGAGAUAUGAUGACGAUGUCAGCUCUGAAGCCGACUACUAUAACCGGCGCAUCACUUCCCGCGGCUACAACGGUGAAGCUUGGAAUGGUGCCACCAAAGAUUGGGGCCUAGUAGACAUCCCACCGGGCACUGAGCGCGUCGAAAUGGAUGGCGCCGGUGGCGGCCGACAGGAACUUACCUGGGGUCGCUACGACGGCAAUCGCAGAAACAAAUCCUACACCGGUGACCGCGCUUAUGAUGAAGGGUAUGGCAACAGUAGUCCGGCUCCUGCGCCCUUGCCUCCGCCGGAAAGGAUGCGCGGAGGAGGAGAAGACAUCAACAUCCACGAGCACUCUCGAAAUGAGGACAUCAACAUCCACAUCUCGAACCAGAGAGGCAAUGAUGCACCGGCUGCUCCUGCUGCGCCUCGAAGGCGAGCUAAAGAUCGCAUGUGGACGGAGGUUGCGAAGGAUUUGGUCAUUAAGGAGGCCAUUGACGAGAAGGGGUAUGAGUAUGAGGAGACGGAUGAGUUCUGGUAUGUUAUGCAGUAUCUGCAAUACGAGGACGUCCUCAAGCUCGUCGAAAUAUCCGAAGACAUCCGCCGACAGCGCCGCGACCGGAUCCGCGAGUUGCAGUAUGAGCGCCAGUCCGAUCGCGCACCAAAGUCGAUCAUGCCUCCUCCACCGCCGCCCAUCCCGGCGCCGCCGAGGAGCAGGUACGAAGAGAAGAUACAUGAGCGCGACUACUACUAUGACCGCGAGAGGAGGGGUGGUGGAGGGUAUCGGUAG